AUGCCCAACAAUUCGGCGAUCAGCAGCAGUAAAAAGCGACUACUGGCGAGUGUUUUCACAUCGGUGCUCAGAUAUGCAGGACCUGCUUGGGUGACGGCACUGCAGACGAAGAGGAACACAUCUCGGCUGAACAGCACGUUUAGGCUGAUGGCCAUGCGGGUGUCUAGCGCGUAUCGAACUAUCUCGUCAGAGGCAGCCUACGUGAUAGGUGAAACGAUUCCCACAAACCUCCUACUCGAAGAAGAUAGCGAGUGUUAUAGGGAUCGAGUCACGAGAGGAGCCCGUAAACGAGUCCGAGCUGACACCUUAAUCAAGUGGCAGCAUCAGUGGGAUAACGCUGUUAACGGUGGAUGGACCCAUAGACUAAUUCCACGCUUGUCGGUCUGGGUGAUCAGAGCGCACGGGGAGGUGAACUUCCACAUGACGCAGUUCUUGUCUGGUCACGGCUGUUUCAAAAAGUAUCUGAACAGGUUCGCCGUUCUGCAUCGCGUGCGGUGA